GCCAUGGGCCGAAGCUACAGCUAUAAAGGCAAUGUUGCCAUAUUAUCAUCGGUUGACGCGACAGUUCGCUGUCAAUAGACGAUUGAAAACCGGGAGAGAAGGUCGCAAGCGCCCGCCAAGAGCAGUCACGAUACCAAACCAGCAUUGCGACCAUGGGCCAACAACCCUCGCUUCCAGGGCCACCUGGGACCAAGUUUCGUGUCAUUGGUGCCGGAAUGUCGCGUACCGGUACCAAGACACUUAACGAAGCCCUAACGGUCCUUUUGAAGGGCCCGGUUCAUGACUCCGGUAUCCAGUCGCUGGGUGGGCCAGUGGAACAGAUCAGCGCUUGGUUGCAGAUUAUGACAUUGGCUCCCAAGGUCCAAUCUUUCUCCGACCAAAAAAAGCUCGAUUGGCUACUAUCCUCUGUGCUUGAUGGUUAUGUAGCUACCAUGGAUUGCCCAGCUGCAACGCUUACGCCGGAGAUUAUGCGCGUCUACCCAGAUGCCAUCGUGAUUGCAACAACGAGGGAUGAAAACUCGUGGUGGAAGAGUAUGAGCCAUCUAAAUAGCAUGAUGUCUACGUGGCACCUGCCCCUUCUGGUACUCUGGCUACAUAAGAGUCAAGUCUAUGGACUCUGGAUGGUUAGAUUUAGCGGGAUCAUGCAAUGGCGAUACAACUCGGAAGGGAUACAGGAGGAUACUCUUCGAAAGCAUGAGCAGCAUCUCCGCGACACUGUUCCGCCCGAAAAGUUAUUCUGGUAUAAUGUGAGCGAAGGAUGGGAACCACUCUGUCGGAUCCUCAACGUCCCUGUACCCGAUGUCCCAUUCCCUCAUAACAACAAUAAGAUCGAUGCCUCAAAAACAGUCAGGGAGCACGUUAUAGCCGGUAUCAUAUCAUGGAUAUUUGUACUAUCAUCGUUCGCUGCCAUGAUUUACCUUGUGAGGAGCUGGUACUCGAAGAAUUUCCACUGAUAGAUAGGUAUUUUAUAAAUUAUCUUAUAAUUAGACAAUCAGAACAAUUUAUUUCGUAUUGCCCUCGUCGUCAUGUGCUUAUAAUCAUAUACAGAAACGCCACUCUAGAGAUGCAGCCCUCAUCUGCAUGUAGUCUGCAUUCUUAAAACCGAAUCAUUCUGCUC